UCGUUGUAUCUGUCAUUUCAUUUCCCAGUUGAUCGUGGUUUCGUGGUCAGUUGAAUUUUGUAGGCCGGUUACUGACACGCAGUGUAAUCAAGUGUUCUGCUAGUGUAUGGGAAGUUAAAGUUGGGUGGGUCCAGGUUAUAUUCCAAGUGUUUCGCCGGUUAAACUACAAAGAGUGCUGAUAAUUUACUGUAGUUUACUACACAGGAUAAUAAGUCCUUUUCAAACUGGAUUAUUGUUGCCAUCUGUUGUGUCGGUAUGUUAACCUAGAUUGCAAAUUUCUCUAAACCCAUAUAGUUUUGCUUCUGGAGGGUAUUUUGCUUCUCUUGGACUUCCGUUCUACUUGUAAAAAUACUUAAAUUAAAAUGAAGGACUACUACGAAGAUCUUACACUAAGAAACUAUUCUUAUAUAUUUAAUUUUGAAGAGGAAUUUAAGCAUUUGGAUUCAAGAGUAUGGAUGAUCAAACAUUGGACCAAAGGAUUCUACUAUUGUGCUAUUUACAUGAUUUUAAUCUUUGGUGGCCAAUACUACAUGCAGUCUAGACCCAGAUUUCAACUUAGAGGAGUCCUAUCGCUGUGGAACACACUUUUAGCCAUAUUUAGUAUAAUUGGUGCCUGCAGAACUGCACCUGAAUUAAUACACGUUCUCAAGAACUAUGGAAUAUACCACUCAAUCUGCGUCCCGAGUUUCAUCGAACAUGACCGAGUCGCUGGUUGCUGGUCGUUCCUCUUCGUUCUCUCCAAGCUUCCUGAACUGGGAGACACGAUGUUCAUUGUUCUACGGAAGCAACCUCUCAUCUUCCUCCACUGGUAUCAUCACAUUACGGUUCUUCUCUACUCCUGGUUCUCUUAUACAGAAUACACUUCCUCCGCCCGCUGGUACAUCGUGAUGAACUACUGCGUACACUCCAUCAUGUACUCCUACUAUGCUCUGCGCUCCAUGGGAUAUCGUCCUUGGAAGAACAUCGCUAUGUUGAUCACCUCUUGUCAACUCACCCAGAUGAUCGUCGGUUGUGCUGUCAAUAUUUGGGCUGCUCAAUAUCUUCAGGAAGGCAAACAAGACUGCCACGUAUCUUGGUUCAACAUCAAGUUGUCACUUCUGAUGUACUUCAGCUACUUUGUUCUGUUUGCAAGAUUCUUCUACAAAGCGUACCUCAACCCGAGUGCUGGUAAACGCAAGGCACAGAUGAGUGACAUCCCUGGCAAAUACACCAGCAACGCCAGCAAUGCUAAGGUCAAGGCUCAGUAAGUACACUGCGAAUAACUGGAUUGAAUUGGUGAAAGAAAGAAAUACUUUCGACUUUUAGUUGUGAUCUCUUAUAGAAACGACUGUCUUGUGUGGUUGUUCAGUUAGUUACCGGUACUUUUCUUAGAGAUAAAUGAAUUUUAUGAUGAAUUCACUUCUCUCUCUCUCUCUUACUCCGGUUAAAUUAAACCAACGGUUUUAGUCUCCGCUGUAAAAUUAUGCUAAAAUUUUUAUCACGAGGUCGAAUGUUUUUCUUUCUUUCCCAAUCUCAUCCGUUUCUGAAGUGCACAAAGUAUAAUGGACUGAAGUUAUGAUAGAGAGUUUUUCUUCAGAGAAAUCUUGCAGUAAUUUAUUUUAUACAUGCUAGUCAUUAACAUUCAUUAUUGUUGUGGAUAGAAUCAGGUCUUGUUAUGCCGAUUGUGGACAAAAUCGCACAAGUGGCCAUCUACAUGUUCCUGUUGCAUGAAUUACUUAAGAAACUAAUUUGUAUAAAAUAUUCAGGACAUGUACAUUUUCAGUUUUAGUUUUAUGUAAGCAAGUUAGUUAACCUUUUGAAGAAUUUUGUACCAACCCUCUGAAGCUAGUAAUGCACUCAUCAGAAUUUCUGUGAUUUAAAAUUGUUAUUAAUUGUAGAUUUUGUACAUUUUUUGUCUAUCAAAAAGUAUAUAGAAAAUCAAUUGGUAUGUAAAGUAAGUUUGGAAAAGAAAUUGAUUGUUACCACCACUAUUAGUUUUUGUUUAGGCCACUGUUAUUGAAGCACUAUAUAGUCAAAAGACUAACUGUAGGUUUUUUUAUGAUUUUUUACCUCUUAAGUCUUUUUUUAAGAUCAAGUAUCAUUUAAGUAUCAAAACAAUGUAUCAUAUUGUACAGCUGGAACAAAUUUUGACUUAAGCUAACUCAGGCUGAUAGCCUUAUAACCUACAAGUGUGUUCAAAAUUUCACCAUGCCGUCCUAAAGUCAGUUUACUAAAUUAAUUAAAGUUAUGUGAUUUUUCUGCAAUAGUUAACUUAUACCUAACAUUUUGUUCAUAGUUUGCAUAUUUUUUACAUUUAUAAUUAAAUAUAUCAGAUUAUUUUUUGUUUUAUUCUUGUUAUUCUUACCUAUAUAUAUAUUGUAUGAAAAUAAUCAUUCCUUUCUAAUGUUUUUUAUACAGUAGUUAGUAUUUUUACACCGGUCCAUGAUUCACAAAUAUUUUUUUCUUGUGAUGGAUCGCACGGUCCAUGAUUCACAAAUAUUUUUUUCUUGUGAUGGAUCGCAAAAAUUAAAAAAAGUCACAUCUUACACUAUGUUAAGAUUUUUAAUGUACACAAGCCUAACAUAUUACAAUAAUUAAAUUUAAAAUAGAUCCAUGAUUUGGACUCAAAUCUUCAGUGUUUUAAUGCAAAUGCAACAUUAAAAUACUUAACUACAAAUAACCUUAUGAUUUUUUCAUGGUGCACAUUUUGUGGUACAACAUAGGCCUAGUUUCACUGUUUUACUGGUGUGGUUUAGAUUAAACAUUAUUUUUAUACUUUUAUAAUUAAGUGUAGAACAUGUUAGAAUCCAUAAACUGUUUCUUCUUACAAUUCAGUUGCAUUUACUAUAGACUGUAGGCCUACGAUUGCUUAGUAAUUUCCAUGUUCAAAGUACAUUUUUGUGAAAAUUUAUUGAUAGCAGAAACAUAAAACCAGUUAUAGAAGUGUUUACAAAACAAUUAGUUACUGCCAUACCUGAGCUUUAUGCAACUGUAAACACAUUCCUGUAAAAAUUACUAAUAUUUUGUAUCUUGUUUACCAAACAGUGGUUUAUGCACAAAUGGUUUAUUCAGUCCUGCGUAAAAAUGUUGAGAGGUCAAGAUGAUUUUUUUCCGUAAAAUAUUUAAAAAAUGUGCCAAUUACAAUAGUAAAUGGUAAUUAAAAUUAUUUUGGUAUGUAUAGUUCAUACAUAUAGGUAGAACUACAAUUACAAAAUAAAUUGUAGAGUAUAUUUAGCCGUUUGUUAUGUUUAGUAGAAGAUAAUUUUAAAUAUGAUAAUUAAUAUGAUAAAUAUAAAAAUGAUAAUUUCUGGCAUUAUUUCAACCUCUCUUCAAAAUCCCAUUUGUCAUAUAAAGUUUUAUAUUAAACUUAUAUAAUAUUCCUUAGUAACACUUUUGUAUCAAGCUCCUAUACAGCAAGUAAUAAUAUUGUGAUGUAAAAGUUUGUUUGAAAAUAAAUUUUUCAUGUUUUAAA